AUGGGCAUUCCCGGAGAACCUGACGUCUUGAGAGAGAGGGACUUAAAUGCCGCCUCUCCACUCGACACCCUAUCCUCGCGCAUCCAACUUCCUAGGAUCAAACACGGACCAAGACCGCUCAGCGAACGCCACAGUCCCCGUCCCCCAUCCGUCGAGCGCGACGAUGAUGCCUCCGACUCUGACGGCGAUAACGUGAUCAUGAGGCGCCGUCGAGACGACGACGACGGCCCUCCUUCCUCGCAACAGGCUCGAUAUUCGAGCAGCUCGUCCAGCCCACAACUCGAUCCCUCGCAUCCUCACGAUAGCCCACCUACUAGCGCCAGAUGGUCAAAUCGGAGUGCGCCCACGGACCAGGACCCUGACACAGGAUGGUGGACGCCACAGCCCUUCGGCUAUUCCCGAUGGCACGGACCUGUCACGCAACGCUCCCUCGACCUGUGGGAGGCCCGCAGUGAGCAGGAGCAGGCCUGGCGGGAAGAGGAUCGCAAUCGACAGCUCGAGUUCGGAGCUGCGACCGACUCUGACGGCGAUGUUAUCGUGUUCCCUGGCCCUAUGGAGCCCAAGCCGACGCUGCGAAAGCUUGGGAAGGCUGUGCAGCGCAUGCGCCUCUGGCCGCAACGUCUCUCGGACUCGCAAUCCGAAGAUGCGUACUCGAAUCCUGAUCUCGAGCCUCCACGGCCUCCCGGGCCGGGCCCGUCGUUCCUACCGUCACCGCGCUCGUUUUUGUCUCGAGCUCUUGCUCGAGAUAGCGAGGGAAGCCGCUUCGUGGAGAUGAUCUCGCAGGACGGCUCGACUUCGCAGAGCUCGGCGCAGAGCCAGCUGCACGCCGCACGCGAACACUUGCGGAUGCUGUGCGAGGAAGAAGGGCAUGGAGUAUUGCCAUUGGACCCACAAACUAUCUACGAGCAGUAUCGCCAUCACACCGAGCGACACCGCGAACUCCUCGAACGAAGACAGGCUGAAGCGGAUGACACGGAGUCGCACAUGCCCAGCGGUGGUCCGCGGUUCUCUGAGCAGUUCACGAAGGUGUUGGCUGUGACGAGAAGCGGUGACUCUGGAUCGCCUAUCCCGAGCAUGUACGACGCUCAGCAACGUCCCUACAUCCCGCAUGCAGCUCAUCGCUUCGAUGGCCCGGCUCGACCACAUAGCGCACCGCCGCGUCAGCCCGUUCAGGCAGUGUAUCGUGAAUAUGCACGGCAACACGCGGAGAAGCCGCCGCCUGAACCUGCACCACCAUUACCUCUUCCGGAUUUUCUUGAGCCCCGUCCGCACUCGCGGCAGGGGCUUCGUCGUGUGCCUAGAACAGAUGAUCUAAGACGUCGGGACUUUAGCUAG